UUUUAGGUGAAUUAUUGGGACUGAAUGGAAGAGCAGAGGAAAUUGAGGGUUUUGUGCCUGCAUGGGUUUUAUAGUAAUGUUGAUGUGAUGAAGGUCCAGAUUGAUUAUUAUCGACGUAUUUUUGGAGAUUUUGUGCAGUUUGAAUAUGUAAAUGGGCCGGUUCGGAUUUCAGAGGAUAUUGUUGUGGAUCCAAUUGUUGCGAAAAUGUUUCAAGGACCGUUUUAUGGGUGGUUUGAUAUGAGAAAGCUUGGGACCGGUCAAGAGAAGGAGUCUUUUGAGGAAUCUUAUGAGAUUCUUUAUAAAUAUAUAGAGGAAAAUGGACCUUAUGAUGGAAUCUUUGCAUUUUCACAAGCUUGCAUGUUUGCAAGGUGUCUGGUGAAGGGGAAAGAUAUUGGCUUCAGCACAUUGACUCAUCCAUUCAAAUUCAUGAUUCUUGCAGCAGCUAGGCUGCCAAAGACCUUCCCACACAAAGAUGAAAUCACAUAUAAUUUCUCUAUACCGGUUUUGAAUAUAUUUGAUGAGAAUGAUACUUAUAAUGAAGGAUUUGCACUAGACUACUGCACCAAAGGAGAGUCAACGCUGAUCAAGCAUCACAAGGGCCACAGAGUUCCAAGAUUGAUCGAUGGAGACAUGAAAGUCUUCAUUGAUUUCAUCAACACUCAAUAUUUCAGAAAGUUUGGAGAUGAAAUGAAGCUAUCUUAUGAGAUAGAUAAAGAGUUCCUCAAUGAAUACAUGGAGCAAAAGACUUCAGCUAAACCAAAGAAAUCAAAGAUAUAGAAUUUAUUUCACUAAGAUCUUGAUCUUAAGCUUUUUCAGUCUUA